AUGUCAGCAAACACAUCCACAUCCAAACCAUCCUCCACUUCCACCACAACCACUUCACCCUCAGACUCAGAAACCUCCUCCCCAGCCCCCUCAUCCUCCUCCUCGUCAUCCUCGUCAUCCUCCUCAGAAGAUGAAGAUGAAAUCCCCCUCAUCCGCCCUCUCAACGCCCGCCCCAUCAUGCGCGUAUCAGCCCUCAACAAUUUCGGCGGUCCAUCAGGCCUCCACACCCUUCCUGAUUUCCUCAAGCAGAUGAAAGAGGCAAAUGAGGAAUUAGCGAAGAAGAUGAGUGAAGGAGAAGAGAGAGGCUUGGAAGAUGUGAGAGAGGGAGAGAGUUACGUGGAGAUGAAUUUGGGACUGGGAGUACUGGAGGAGACGAGGGAGGGGGGUAGUGCGGGGGAGAGCGGUAGUGAGAGUGAGGGGGAGAGUGAGAGUGAGGAGAAAGAUGCAGAUGGGGAUAGGAAGAUGAAGAUGGGGGAGGGGAAGAAGGCGGGGAUUGUGGAGGUUUGA